ACCAUUUUGCUGUAUUUAUGUGCAUUUGAGGUCUGUCUCAUUUAACAUGAGUGAGAAACAUCUAGAACAUCUGAGAGGAAACGGGUGUAAACGCGGUACUUUCUCCGGUUAAAGAAGUGAACAGAAGUUGGGUUACGUGCGAUUUAUCGCCAAUAGCGUUGCUGCAGUGGCUUUCGUCUUCAUCCUGACCGGCUCCACCCUUUUCAACUGGGCUUACAAUCAACUCGAGUGGGAUUCCCCUAAAAUGGAGGAGCUGGGUGCGUUGGACCCACCCAGAAGGCGCAGACAGGCACUUUCCCCUCCUGCUCCACUCCUCCCUCUGUCCCUCCCUCGUUUUCUCCACCUCGCCUCGUCUCCCCGCCUGGUAGCUGCUAGCGACUUCGCCUCACGCUCCCCUCGCUCGCUUCGUCCCCUGUCGCUAAAAACACCACCCUCUCCUUGCGCGCAGCUCUUGGACAUUUCGCAGCUGAUUUAGCGCGUUGAGACCUUCUGCACCUGAAAAAGUUCAACUCCGUGAAGCCAGGCCAGCGCUGGAGGAAGCGCUCAUAUAAACCAAUGAGCGUGACGUAGCCAGCUACAAAAAAUGACUCGCUUUCCUCAGUUGAUUUAAAACGAGCCCCCGGAUCAGCGGCGAGGAGUGAACCAGCGGUCCGUCUGCGCAGGACAGAUUUUCGCUUUGAAGUAACCAAGGAAGACGGCAGAGGGCUACGAUGAGAAGAAGGGACGAAGGGAAAGCAGGACGGACGAGAAUGCGACUCAAAUAGAAGGAAGAGGACACACAUCACCACAAAGUGCCUGGGCUGGAUGCUGCAGCAGCCUCUCACCGCGCACGCUUUCUCCCACGCUGCCGCCCCCACAUCCGCUGUCUCCCGCUGCCCUCUGUGUGUGUGUGUCUGUGAGUGUGCUUGGCCUUGACUGAGGCUAUAUUUCACCCUGACAGGCAAACAGUCAAUCGGCCCAUUUGCUGUUCGUCGAUACCCCCCUCCCAGCUCAACCCCCCCUCGCUGGCCGUAUUGCCCUGUUAAUACAAGGACAGUCGAUUACUUUCCUCUUUUGGACUGAACGGCUUUAUAGUGCCUCUCGAGUCGUCCAGACAUGCGAGCAUCUUCAGAAAGCACUCUGACUGCGGCAGUUGGAGAGGGGCAUUUAGGAGCCUGAAGGUGGAGAAAGUGUGAGGUACUUUUGUGUGGAUGAAGGGGGGUUUGUUUUAGGACACUCAGCACCCUUGUGGGAGAGUCUAGACAGAAAAACAUCCACCGCAGCCCAGGAGAACGUGCCAGUCUGCUCUUUUAGUGCCUCAGUCUGUCACGCACGGUCAAGGAUCCACUGCAGCAUGGCACAGUGACCUGCCCCAACCUCAGCAUCCUUUUACUGGACACACCUGCCCUCUGCUCCAAGCAGCCCCGGAAUUAACCACACAAGAACAAAUAGAACAUAGAGAGUGACAUUCUUUUUCCUUGAUUUUUGUUAACUGUUCUUGAGCAUGUCUUUUUUCUUUUGCCUGAAAGCAAGUGCUGUGGCACAGUGAUUUUAACAAGUCACACCCGUCCCUUUCACCACAGUGAUUUUUGCCUCCAUAUACUCGUCGCUUCUUCGACCUUCUCUGUCUCAGACAGACCCGUUCCCAGGCCUUGUCCCGUCUUGUCACUGAGGCACCGCCAUGGCCAUCAACGUGGCCAUGGGCCGCGACACCAAGUGGCUAACCCUGGAGGUGUGCCGUGAGUUCCAGAGAGGCGCCUGCUCACGUUCAGACACAGAGUGCAAGUUCGCUCACCCUUCACGCACCUGCCACGUGGAGAACGGCCGCGUCAUUGCAUGCUUCGACUCCCUCAAGGGCCGCUGCACUCGCGAUAACUGCAAGUACCUUCACCCCCCACCACACCUGAAGACCCAGCUGGAGAUCAACGGCCGGAACAACCUAAUACAGCAGAAGACCGCCGCCGCCAUGCUGGCCCAGCAGAUGCAGUUCAUGCUGCCCGGAGCUCAGCUACAGCCCAUAACCUCGUUCCCAGUAUCUCCCUCAUUGGCUGCCAGCCAGAGUGUGGCGUUCAGUCCCUACAUGGGUCACGUGAGCCCUGGCAUCGGCCUCAUGCCCGAGCUGCUGCCCAGUGCCCCCGUGCUGGUCCCGGGGAGCCCCACUGGCAUCACCAUGGGCAACGGAAACUCCACGCAGAAGCACGUUCGCACAGACAAGCUUGAGGUGUGUCGAGAGUUUCAGCGCGGAAACUGCACACGGGGCGAGAACGACUGCCGUUAUGCCCACCCGAUGGAGGCAGCCAUGGUGGAUGGCAGUGAGAAUUCGGUCAUCGUCUGCAUGGACUAUAUCAAAGGCCGCUGCAGUCGCGACAAGUGCAAAUACUUCCACCCGCCAGCGCACCUGCAGGCCAGGAUCAAGGCAGCCCAGCAUCAGGCCAGCCAGACCGCCGCUGCAGCAGCCAUGGCCCUGCCCCCGGGGACCAUGCAGCAGCUACCAAAGAGGCCCACCCUGGAGAAGAAUAACGGGGCAGCAGCCGUCUUCAACCCCAGCAUGUUCCAUUACCAGCAGGCCCUGGCCAGCAUGCAGCUGCAGCAGCCAGCCUUCAUCCCCACAGGGCUUUUCAAACCCCCCGGCUCAUUGGCAGAGGGCCGCUGGGAGAGGCGGGACUGGAGCAGCUGCAGGCCCCCCCACAGCCGCUACCUAACAGGGCACGGACACACUGUUCCCAUGAUGCACGGUGCCACCACUUCCACUGUUUCGUCGGCAACGACCCCAGUCACCAAUGUUCCUUUUGCCGAAUCAGCUGCCUCCAAUCAGACCCCGCCGAGGUACUGACCUCUGACCCUGUCGACCUCCACUGCAUUCCUGUGGAAUCCCAGUUCUGUCCGGUACCGAAACUUCUAGUGGCAGCCCCCAUGACUCUGAACUCAGUAAGCCUCGCGCACAACCUCGGUUAAGACACCACCACCAUCAUCACCCUAAGAGUCCCACCACACCGCAGAGACGUGAAUGCAACAAAUGUGUGCCUAAUCAGUACGCCCUCCCAGGGCAAACCCUUUCAUCCUCACAGUUGACAUGGACAUGUCAUGGGAAAAAAGUCAACAAAAGGUUUGUUGAUGCUAAAACAGGCAAUACUUAAGCUUGGACCUACAACUGUUUUAGGAAGCAUGCCAUCUCGAUGCAAGGAGACUUAAGGAGCGUGUGGAUGCUGAAUCUGAGCGCUCUUUGAAUUCACAGCCAUACAAGUUACACAGAGAUUUGUAGAGACACAUGCACGCACGCACACACACAUGCACGCACACACACACACACACUGUUGAGAACAGUGCAUCCUCCUGAAGUGACAGUGAGGUCUCAGACCCUGCUUAAAUGAUCCACCAUGAGUAAGUGGAACUGAGGCACAUCACCUGACAGCACACAUGACUCUGCAGGCACUUUAACAGCUUGCAUGGAGAACACAAGAAUGUGAUUGCUGUGCGUGUCUAUGCACAAGGCUUACUGCAGAGAGAGGAGUAUAUGUGAGCUCAGAUCGCUCUUGAUAUUUUUAGAUAGCGCUGGUGGUUCUUUUUUUUGUUUUGUUUUAUUUCAAUUUCUGAUAAAUUCACGUGUUUUUGUUUUACGCUCGUAAAUAUAUUGUCAGUGGAGAAGUAUUCAUAUCACUAAGAUCAAAUGAUUAGUUAAAAGGUCGUCAUUGUUUGUGCCUUUCAUGUUACGAGUGUGUGAAAGUCUUUUCCUUAUACUUAAGCAACUGGCCUAGAUCUCAUGAUAGACUUAAAAGAAAAUAAGCAUACACUUGUAGCCUUUAAGAGUCAGCGUGCUAUUCCUCAGUCUAUCUACAAAUCCACUUUUCCUAUCAUUAGGGAUUGUCGUCUGUUCUCUGUUGUUGAUGUGGUGGAGUAUUAUUUAUUUAACGUAUACCUGAUGAGCUGAAAUUGGUUUUCUGAAGUGUUAUUUUCCAUGCUUGGACAUAGGGGUGGGCAAUAUGUUAAAAAUACAAUUUCUAAAUUUUUUUUUUUGUGAUAUUUAGUUUUUCUGAGAUUUUAUUCAUUGCAGCAAACCGAACGCACCAGUAGUGCCACAUUUAAAAAAUACUAUCAAGAACUAUGAAUACAAUUAUUUUUAUUCAGUGUUUCACUCACUGAACUGCACUAUACAGUCCUAAUUGAUUCCUCUUUAUGAGGAAACAUGCAGUUGGUUAGUGGUGUUAAAAUACUGGCAAUAUCCAGCAAAUCAUUGCAGUCCCAAAAAAAAAAAGAAAAGACUCUUUUUCAGAUUUUUAUUUUUCUACUUCAUGGAGCAAAGCAGCAGUCCUUUACAUUGUGUGACACUUUCAUGAUGAAUAGACCAAUAGAAAUUGCCCAAAAUUACAUGGAAUAAAAUACAUUAACUUACAUUAGAAGUAAAGUUAGCAUUCUACUAUAAAGUUCUGUAAACUUAGCAUUUUUAUACUUUUUUUUGGAUAGCAUAAUUUUUAAUGAUAUGAUAAAAUCUUCUCGUAUUGCCCACUCCUACUUGGACAUACCCCAGCUUUCGUCUGAACUACGCGUUCAGUGGAAUCAGAGGGACCGUGGCUAGGUAGAUUCACAUGCUCAUACCUCCAUUUUCUAAAUUCAAAAUGCCUUAAGCAGAAGCGACAGCAUACCAGCACGUUGUAUUCGUAUUGUGCAGUGCGGUCUGCAGGGUCUGAUUGCAGCCCUAUUGCUGGUGCUGCAUAGGAGGUCUGAUAAAUGACUGUAGCUCAGGAUGAGUCUGAUCAACAUGCUGUGAAACGGAGUGCCAGCGCAGCAGCUGCGGUCGUUGAUUGGAGUAGCGCCAUUUCUAAGCCCAACUGUUCAUCUCUAGUCAGCCAUGUCGCAGCACGUCGCUCAUCUCUCUAAACCUACUGCAUUAUUUUCUGUGAUUUGCAUAUAAAGCGAUCAGUAAGGUUGACUUGGUUUAUCAGAAACAUUGUGAUAUGAUAGCUAGAGUCUGCGACCAUAUCUGUCCCUGUUGUUUCUCAUUGCAGAGACGAUCUCUGCCAAAAUCCAUGCCCCUACCCUCCUACUGUGUGACAGUCUGUUUGUCUCUGCUUAUUGCUUGGCCCUGUUUGCUACAUCUCACAGUAACAUGAUAUCUUGGAACUGGCCAUACUGUAGAUAAUUCUCAGCAUGAUAGCAGCCAAAAUGCAUCUUAUGGAGUUUUAUAGAAUUUGCUCUCUCUUUGGACAGGUUGUGCAUAUCUAAAAAUUAGAGAUGGCACUUGUCUUCUGAUAUCAAUACCAAUAUCAAUAUUGAAACCUUCAGUAUCAGGCGAUACCAUUCUGAUUUUCCUUUAAAAAUAGCUAAGCUUUAAAAUGAGUUAUUUUUUUAUUGAAGCUAUUAACGAGGAAUAACACUGAUUUGAAUAAAUGAGAAAUGUAUAGGUUUUCUAUACAGUGGUGGUGAUAGUAACCAGCGGUCUCAAUGUCUUCAACACAAAUGUAGCUAUUUUAUUUACUACAAAAGUUUUAGUGGUAAUAAUUGUAGUGGUUGAUAGGAGAGUAGUAGUAGUAGUAGUAGUAGUAGUAGUAGUAGUAGUAGUCGUAGAUAGUAGUGAAUCAAUGGAAAUAGUGAACAAUAAAUUUUCUCUGGGCACUAUUUUGUCUAACAGCACCCUGCAUGUAUCUCUUUAUCAAGAAUUAAAAAGGCCAAAAAUCACACAGCAGCAUCUUCCUCACCAUUUCAUGUCAUAACCUUCUGUGAAGAGGCUUUCAGGGGCAUUAAACUCAUCAGAUGUCUGGUUCCUGUCACCACCACUGGGAACAAUCUUGACCCAGUAUAUUACCCAAGAAUGUCACUUUUCACAUCAGAUCUCUUUGUUACACAACUAAAUUACACCGAAAAUUAGAAAAAUCUAUGGAAUUCUCUUUUAAGAUUAGCAUCUGAAUGGAGGCCAUCAUGCUCAAACUAUUCAAACAUUCUACUAAUCUAGAGGAAGAAAUGUGUGCAUGUGCUAUUUCAGAAUAUAUUUGUUAAAUGAUCGGAUUAAUCCUGUUUAUUUACUUCUGAUGUCUAAAAUUCAGCAUUUGCUGCUCAUAUUUGCCCAAUACAAAUCAAUGAAAUGAAAGAUAACUAGUACUGGACACUAAUGUCCAGACUUUAACUGUAAUCCUGUUGUCCUCUUAAAAUGCUGAAUGCUGCACACAUUUCAUGUGCCAAUUACUUCCAGACCUGGGUCAUCUGUGCCAAUCACUGGUGAAUGGAAGGAGCAUAAAAGAGCAAAACUAUAUACUAAGGCCAGAAGCAGACUGAUUUGAUUAAAAAUGUUAUUUCCACUAUUCUCCGACUAAUGCGAUCAUUCAUGUUACACAUAUUAGUGUUCUCUCUAGAUACUCUGUGGGCAUUUGCAAAGUGCAAAGACUGUCCUGGGCCUGAAGACAUUUUAAGCCAUUUUACGUUGCGUUAGCGUUAUCAGAUUGCUUAGAAAAGAUGAACACAGUGAUGUGGAGUAUAAAAGGCCAACUGAGGCUUACUAAGUUUGGAGUAGUAGUGGAGAGCAUGUUCACCCCCCUGAUUGUUUAACCUCCAGAUUGCCUAUUAACACCACCUGGAUUUCAAAGGUAACUUGCUUUGUGUUUUGCUCAUGAAAAUUUGCGACUGUUUGAAAGUUUCAAAGAUUCUCAUUACAUACUGUGUCCUUAUUUUCAAAGGUUGACAGGCUCUGAACGUCUUGAUUACAGUUGACUGUCAGCCAUUUGAGCAGUUUAUUGAUAUUUGCAAGUAGUGCUAUAAGCAGCGAUUCUAACAGAAAAAUAUAACAUCAGCGAGUAGAGAAUUCUGGAGCUGGUGGAUCAGCCAUAGCUGGGGUGCUGAAGAACGACCUCACUUAUAAACGUUGCCAUGAAAGGGCCUUACAUACAUUUGAAUGUGACCAUUUAGGACAAGGAGAAUGUCAUUAAAGUCUGAGGAUGCCUGUCUCACCCUUCUCUUCUCCUGAAUCAAACCACGUUUCAACAUAUCAAGGGAGUUCAAAACCUCUCGAUGCCAUCCACUGUUGAUUUACUAUACAAACAAGAGUCAAAGGAAACUCGAGAGUUACGGAGACUCAUCAAGGACUUUUCGAAUUGUUGACCUUACAUGGAAGAAAAACAGCUGUGCUGUUUGUUUUGUAAAGACAGCAUAGCCUCACAGAGUGGUCAUUUUAGAUGGACAAACACUGCUUGAGAAUUUGUUAAGAGGUGAAAAUCUCCCUGAAAAGCAUGUGUUGUGCUCUGUUUAGAGUAGACUGUCACUCUCUCCAGGCCAAACUUUAAGGGCACAUUUUCUAGGCAUAGAUUAAGGCUCAUUCAAGACUAAAACUGAUUGUCAAUUUUAAUAGGGCUGGCCCGAAUAAUUUAAAUAUUUUUAAUAUUUUUUAAUAGAACAGUUAUUGAAAAAAUAAAACAUAAUACAUUAUAUUGAAAUUUGAUGUAUUAUAUGGGGUUUAGUUAAAUGCAUCAUAAAUUUAAAGACAUAACUCAUGAAAGCUGUAUCUGAACAAGAAGGCUAAAAUCGUAAAUUCAUGGCUAUAUCAGCUCACUAUUACAUUGAGUUGUACAUUGUUGACUUAAUACAUUGUUCUUGCUUAUUAUUGUCUUUAAGGGUGAUUUAGAGAAUAAGUACUUGUUUGUAAAUUGCAACGAGUAUUCAAAACCUGUAAAAUGUUAUUUGGGCCAGCCUUACAAUUUAAAUAAAGAUUCUCAUUGACAGUUUAAUUUAGUCUUAAGGCUCAAUCUCUCUUUGGAAAACUGGCCCAAAGUAUGUUAUGCUUUACCACGGUGAUAUAAUAAGCAUGGCGCACUUAAAAUCAAUAGAGUAAACUGAGGUCAAAUGCAAAAUCACAGCAAGACAAUAUACUGUGUUAUUGAAAUACUAAAUCUCUGUGUUGUAUACAUUUUAUAAAAUGUUAAUGUGUGUUUGGGG